AUGCAGGCGGCCUGGGGGGACCUCCGCGUGGGCAACAUCGUUCGCGUGUACUGCGGGGAGUGCGUGCCGGCAGACUUGCUGAUCCUUACCUGUGGCCACUCGGAGUCAGCUAUCUUAGACUUGCGUAUGGCGGCCUGGGGGGACCUCCGCGUGGGCAACAUAGUUCGCGUGUACUGCGGGGAGUGCGUGCCGGCAGACUUGCUGAUCCUUACCUGCGGCCACUCGGAGUCAGCUAUCUUAGACUUGCGUAUGGUAGACGGCGGUACUGCGUACGAGAGACGAAAGCAGACUACUCGUUGA